AGACCCCUCCUACGCAUCUCUUUCUUUUCUCUCUCCACCUCUACUCCACCCCUCCACUUUUUCUGCCAUAAACUUUCGAACACAACAUUGUUGCCACAGACCCUCCUUUCCUCUAAAACCAGAGCAACAGGAUUGAACCCCAACACUCUCCAUCUACAGAUUUAGCCAACCGGAUCACGUCCUCCAUCGCCGUGAAAUCCAGCACUGCUUCCUCCUCACGCGGCUCUCCACUCCACCUCGUGGUACUGCCAUCUUUCUUCCUCUCUCCUCCACACUUCUCCCCUCUCUCUGCACUAAUCCGUCCCACCCACCACGCCUCGGCAUGGAGAAAGUGCAGCACAUCACACGGGCGGCCAUCCGCCGGGCGUCCACCAUGGAGGUCCCCCAGCAGGCCAAGCAAAACAUGCAGGAGCUAUUCGUCAACUUCUGCCUCAUCCUCAUCUGCCUGCUGCUCAUCUACAUCAUUGUCUUGCUAAUCUCUUUCCACGGCAUGUGAGAGACCAGCGUGAUGUAACCUGCUCAUCCUCCUGUUCCCUGGCAAACAAGAAGAACCUCCACUCGGAUACACUUCCACACGGCCGAACAGCCCAGGAAAUCUCCAUCCCGUCACUAUGGAUCUGAUCAAUAACCGAGGGAUAAACCUGCUGCUCAACUUCCUGCUUAUUGUAGUGGCUCUACUGCUCAUGCUGAUUCUGGUCAAGCUCAUGUGACCCAACAUGGCCAGAAACAAGAGACUCCUACUCUCUCCACCUCCAAAACCAGUUUAAGGUUCCUAAUAUGACAUCAGACUGACUUUUUCUCACUUUAACAACACACCAGAUGAACCUGUGCGAAAUGAAUGACAGGCAGGCAAUGUUUCUGAUUGGCUAGUUUUCCGAUGUAGACUUUUCCCCUUUCUCUCCCUCAAUUUUUUUCUCUCUCUAUAUUUUUCACUGUCAGAGAGACUUUUAUUAUUUCUCAGGGCACAUAUUUCACUCAUUUGAAUCAGAUAGUAGGGACGUUAUGAAAGCCUGGUGUUAAAAAUAUCAGUUAACAACUUUAGCUUAUGACACACGCUUUGCUAGAGGUUAAUGGAGGAGUAAGGUAAAUGCAAAAAAAAAAAUAUUUCCACUGCAUCACUCAAAAAAAAAAAAAAAAAAAAAAAAAAAUUCAAACGUUACAAAAAAUUCUAAACUUGAUAGUCAAUAAAAAAAUGCUGCUACAUAUUAUUUACAAAAAAAAAAAAAAAAACCUGAGGCGUUAAAACCAGUGUCACUGCGCCCUCUAGUGGUUGCUGCCUCUUACUGCUCAAAAACAACAACAACACAAUUCCAUAACCAUGGGAUUUAGAUCAAAAUUAGAUCUUUUUCUGUGAACAGCAGGUUUGGAUUCAAGUACAUGACAAUAUAGAUGAGCACUAAAAUUACAUGACACACAAUUUGUAAAAAUCUGUAUUUUACCUGCAAAAAAAA